AUGUUAAAAAUAGUCCAGCGUUUUUUGUUGGGAAAAUUGAGCACCAUCUGUCCUUCUACACCGAAUGUGCAGAAGAGCGGAGUCGUUGUUAUUAGCUAUGAAGUUGUCGAUGUAUUUCAAGAUCCAGGUCCGGCCCCAACAGCUCUAGUUUCAGCUGCUCCAUUUCCAAUAGCUCCAGUUCCAAUAGCUCUAGUUCCAAUAGCUCUGACCCAGGACCCAGGACACAGGACCCAAGGAGCUCCCAGAGCCCCAGCUCCAGCUCAAGCUCAAGCUGGAGAACUGACGAUUCUCACUGUUUCUCUCUCGCUUUUAUACGGAAAAUCAAGAGAUUCUUAUCUCUUUGCUCCAUUUUUUUUCUUUUUUUUCACUUUUUUAAAAAGAUAA